GGUUAGUUUCCACCAACAUGUGGCGGUUCACCGGCUUCCAUCUUGGAUUAUGUUCGUUUUGAGGAAGCCGGGUGCUCCUAAAUAUUAAGAGUUACGUGGUUUAUUCUCCAGUGCGUUACAAUAAUCCCCCCUCCCCUAUCCCUCCAAAACUCCAAACCAAUAAUUGUAAAAAUUGCAUUUUUAAUUUAAUCAGCAAAAUUAAUACACUGCGAUUGCGGUAUGCUUCAGUGUAUAGUGUAGUCGAAAUCCUUCUCGAAGCCUUGAUGAUUAACAAAUAUUUCAACAGUUAGAAUUUGUUGGUUAGUUUGGGGGAACGGAAUUAUGAGAGGCUGGAUUGAUCCACCAGUCGUACGUUAAACGCUGGAUGAAUGGAUAUACUCGUUUAGAUGGUAAUCACAUGUUCCAAGAUAAUUGUCGAAAUAAUAGUCCAAUAAUCAAUAGUGCUAACGAUAUUAAGAAACACGGUACAUCAAUAAUGGCAUUACCAAGUAGAGGAAGGGUUUAUGCAGAUGUUAAUUCACAUAAGCCCAGAGAUUAUUGGGAUUACGAGUCUUACGUGGUUGACUGGGGACAACAAGACGAUUAUCAAUUAGUGAGAAAAUUGGGGAGAGGAAAGUACAGUGAAGUAUUUGAAGCCAUCAAUAUCACAAAUAAUGAGAAGUGCGUAGUGAAAAUACUGAAGCCUGUUAAGAAGAAGAAAAUCAAAAGGGAGAUUAAGAUUCUGGAAAACCUCAGAGGAGGAACCAACAUUAUAACGCUUCAAGCGGUCGUCAAGGACCCAGUUUCACGAACACCUGCUCUGAUCUUUGAACAUGUGAACAAUACAGAUUUUAAGCAACUGUAUCAGACAUUAACAGAUUACGAUAUUAGAUAUUAUCUCUAUGAGUUACUAAAAGCAUUGGACUACUGCCACAGCAUGGGAAUAAUGCACAGAGAUGUUAAACCGCACAAUGUUAUGAUUGAUCAUGAGAAUCGCAAACUCCGUUUGAUCGACUGGGGAUUAGCUGAAUUUUAUCAUCCAGGUCAAGAAUACAAUGUUCGUGUUGCAUCACGGUACUUCAAGGGGCCAGAGUUGCUCGUUGAUUAUCAGAUGUACGAUUACUCGCUGGACAUGUGGUCCCUGGGCUGCAUGCUGGCCAGCAUGAUAUUUAGGAAAGAACCGUUCUUUCAUGGUCAUGAUAAUUACGAUCAAUUGGUAAGAAUUGCUAAAGUAUUGGGCACAGAGGAGCUCUUUGAAUAUCUCGACAAGUACCACAUUCAGCUUGAUCCAAGAUUCAAUGACAUACUUGGUCGUCAUUCACGCAAACGCUGGGAGCGUUUUGUUCACUCGGAGAAUCAGCAUCUCGUGUCACCAGAGAGUCUUGAUUUUCUUGACAAGCUACUGCGCUACGAUCACUAUGAAAGACUAACGGCACGAGAAGCAAUGGAUCACCCUUACUUUUAUCCGAUCGUGAAAGAUCAGGGUCGAUUAAACAUGGCUCACGGUUCGUCCUCACCUACUCCCAUGGCAGGCUCACUGCCUGUAGGUGUCCAUAGCAAGACACUGAACUCGUUGCCAGCUCCUGUAUCGGCUGGGCAGGAAAAUUCAGGUGGAAUGGCCAGCGGCUUGGUGAGCCUCUUAAAUGAGCUUUAUCCAAUUCAGCCGAUACCACAGCUCUCAAAAGUUCAACAUUAGUCAAAGACAAAAAAAAAAAAAAUUGCGAAAAAUAAUGAAUUUAAGGUUAAAAGUAAACAACAGGAAAUCAUAAAAAUACCAUAAAGCAAAAAUGAAGCAAAAACAUCCAACCAUCAUUUUCAGUACAUUAUUAUAAUACAGAUACAUUGUACCAUCCGAGAGCAAAAAAAAAAUCGUUUAAAAGUAACUUUCACACAAUUAUUUGUUCUCAACGGCAUUCCGGUCUUUAUGAAUUCUCGGGCAACGAUUAUUUUUAAUUAAGACUGAAAAAAAUAUUUCGUCAUUAUUGUUUUUGCACGGUUUAACUUCAACUUUUGGGCAUCGAGAAUUAUUUAAUUACAGCGUACUUAGGCGUAUCCCUAAUAUUCGUAUCUGAAAAUAAGAAUUACGUUCAUUUUUUUUUUUUUAUUGAAGGUAUAAUGUGUUGCGUUUAUUUUUUCAAAUAAUCGUCGUGCGUCUUUGUAUAUGAAAAAAGAUGAAAUCAAUACUGAAACAUAUUGAAGCUGUUAUUAAAUGUAAUAAGGAGAUAAUCAUUUUUCAAUGUUUUUUCCACAUAUUUGGA